CAUUAGCAUGAAGGUCUUUGCAGUCUUGGUCCUGGCCAUCGCCUCCGCCUCCGCUGGGCUCCUGCCCCAGGUCGCUUAUAUGCAUCCUCGUGACAGGACCGCAGUUCCUUCCAUUGAGGGUCGCAUCACCAACGGACACAACGCCGUGGUCAACCAGUUCCCCUACCAGGUGGGACUCAGCUUCACCGCAUCGUCGGGCAGCUGGUGGUGCGGUGGUUCCAUCAUCGGCAACACCUGGGUUCUGACCGCCGCCCACUGCACCAGCGGUGCCUCCUCCGUGGUCAUCUACUACGGAGCUACCGUUCGUACCAGCCCGCAGUUCACCUACACUGUCCCCAGCUCCAACUGGAUCCAGCACGCCAACUACAUCUCUCUGACCGUCCGCAACGACAUCUCCCUGAUCAAGACCCCAGCCGCACCCUUCUCGGCCGCCAUCAACAAGAUCGCCCUGCCCGCCAUCGCCAGCACCUACUCCACCUACGUUGGACAGACCGCCGUUGCCUCCGGUUGGGGCCGUAUUUCGGAUGAGGCCACCACCGUGACCAGUCACCUGCAGUACACCGACCUCACGGUCAUCGAGAACUCCGUCUGCCAGAAGUCCUUCAACAGCCUGAUUGUCACCAGCAGGGUUAUCUGCGUUGCCACCCCCAAGGGAACCUCCACUUGCCAGGGAGAUUCUGGUGGCCCACUGGCUCUGGAUGGUGUCCUCAUCGGUAUCACUUCCUUCGGAUCUCCCGAUGGUUGCCAGGUUGACGAGCCAGCUGCCUUCACUCGCGUGACCAGCUACUUGGACUGGAUCAAGGCCAACUCCGGAAUUUCGGCUUAAAGGAACUUACCAGCCUUGUAACUUUUUCCAAAAAUAAAAUCAGCACAUUCUAAAA